CGCGUAAGUUUGAUAGUCUCCACCCCCAACCUUACUCCUCUAAAAAGGGUUUCGGCUCCCCUCCCAAACUUUGCAACUGACUUCUCUCCAAUUUUUGCUCCCAAAUUUUCUCCCACACCACAAACAUCUUUGUUCGGUGCCCUUUUUUCCUUCCGAUGCCAACUGUUUUGUUAAGGAUUUUCUUAGUAUACAAUCUUGUUUUAGACUAUUUGGUCCCUAAGAAACUCAAAACCUUCCUGCCCUCCUCCUGGAUUCCUACCCGCACCCUUGUUUCCACCGGCAGUGAGAGCAAAACACACACGUCUACUUCACCGGCACCGGAAUCGGCAUCUGCACCGGCAUCCUCAGCUUGUUGCCCCCAAAGGAUGGACGGAGCAGAGUUAAAGCGGGUUUUUCAAAUGUUUGACAAGAAUGGGGAUGGAAGGAUUACGAAGAAAGAGUUGAAUGACUCCUUGGAGAACUUGGGAAUCUUUAUCCCUGAUGGGGAGUUAACCCACAUGAUCGAAAAGAUCGAUGUCAACGGCGAUAAUUGUGUUGAUAUUGAUGAGUUUGGGGAGUUGUAUCAUUCCAUUAUGGAUGAUAAGGAUGAAGAGGAAGAUAUGAAGGAAGCUUUCAACGUUUUCGAUCAGAACGGAGAUGGUUACAUUUCUGUUGAUGAGUUGAGGUCUGUUCUGGUUUCUCUUGGCCUUAAACAAGGGAAAACCAUUGAGGAUUGCAAGAGGAUGAUAAUGAAAGUUGACGUGGAUGGUGAUGGUAGGGUUAAUUUUAAGGAAUUCAAGCAAAUGAUGAAAGGUGGUGGUUUUAGUGCUCUGACUUAACUCGCAAGGCAAGAUUUCUAUUAAGGGUUUGUAGAUAUUUUUGGACAAUCAAUCUUAAGAGUUGUGAUCAAGGUGAACUCAGCUUGGCCUCGUGGCUGCACUGCAUUGGUUCUAUCUUGUGUGUGCACCGCGGGUUACAAGCCGAUGGAUUGCUGCCAGUUGUCACACGGCACCAAAAUCAUUGGUAUCACUAACUUGGAGAAGGGAGGGGAGAAAGGGGUGCAAUGGGGAGGUAGGAACAAUUUUUAUCACCAAAGGAUGAACAUAGUUUGUCUUUUGCUGUUGGGUUUUUUUUAUUUUGUUUGAUUUCCAGGCUUGUAAGAUUGGUUUGGGAUAGGUGGUGUUAUUGUUUCUGUCUCUGAUAUCCCCAUUGUGAUCAUUUUCUAAUGUGUCUUCAUUUUUUUUCCUCUUCUUUCUUAGUGUAUAUUGAAAUAUGAUUUGCUUAAAUGAUCUUAAAGAGAAGAAUUUGCCUUUUUGCUA